AAUUCCGAAAUCUCCACGGUUUCUUCCUCCUCCUCCUCUCUCUCUCUCUCCUCUGCUUCUCUCCCAAAUUCGCCACCUCUCCUCCUCCUCUGAUCCCUCCCCACGCCGCCGGCGAGGGCACGGCCACAACGGCCGCGGCGGCCUCCGUGCGCCGGAGACAACUAGACUACUACAACUACUACUACUACUACUACUACUCUUUCUCUCUCUUGUUGAGAGGAGCGGAGAUCCAUCCGUGCAGGCUCCGGGGGGUGGUUUCGUGUGGGAUAUGCCACACGUGCAGUCAGCUCCUGCGGCGGCGACCGCGGCGGGGAUGUCCGCGGCGUCGGCGCCCGCGCCGAGGAGGUGGGAAGGGGUGGACCAGGCGCUGGAGCGGAUGGUGCUCAGGGCGUGCCUCGACCAGGCGCCCGAGCGCCGCCGCGUCCGCGACGCGUUCAAGGACGUGCAGCUCAGCAUCGACCACUGCCUCUUCAAGGGACAGUAUAGCGAUAUUGGAACAAAGGAGUCAUACGAGAAAAACUCCAGGGGCGUGGAGAUUUUCUCAAAAUGUUGGUAUCCAGAGAAUCAUCGCAUAAAAGCAAUUGUUUGUCUCUGCCAUGGUUAUGGAGAUACCUGUACCUUUUUUCUCGAUGGUAUUGCUAGGAAGAUUGCUUCAGCUGGAUAUGGAGUGUUUGCAUUAGAUUACCCUGGUUUUGGUCUCUCGGAAGGACUUCAUGGAUUUAUACCAAGUUUUGACACUCUUGUUGAUGAUGUAGCAGAACAUUUUACUAAGGUCAAAGAAAAUCCUGAACAUAGAGGUCUUCCAAGCUUUCUGUUUGGUCAAUCUAUGGGUGGAGCAGUUGCAUUGAAGAUUCAUUUUAAGCAACCAAAUGAAUGGGAUGGUGCAAUACUAGUUGCGCCCAUGUGCAAGAUUGCAGAUGAUGUGAUUCCGCCUUGGCCUGUUCAGCAAGUUCUAAUUUUUAUGGCUAGACUUCUUCCAAAAGAGAAGCUUGUUCCACAAAAAGAUUUAGCAGAGUUGGCUUUCAAAGAGAAGAAAAAACAGGAGCAGUGUUCUUAUAAUGUGAUUGCGUACAAGGAUAAACCACGUCUCCGAACAGCUUUGGAGAUGCUGAGAACCACAAAGGAAAUCGAGAGUCGUUUGGAGGAGGUUUCGCUGCCCAUUAUCAUUUUGCAUGGUGAGGGUGAUUUGGUCACAGACCCAGCUGUGAGUAAAGCUCUCUAUGAUAAAGCGAAGAGCUCAGAUAAGACGCUUCGCCUUUAUAAAGAUGCAUAUCACGCUAUCUUGGAAGGUGAACCAGAUGAGGCAAUUUUUCAAGUCCUCGAUGAUAUAAUUUCUUGGCUGGAUCAGCAUUCUACAAAGAAAGUUCCAUCGUCAUAAACUGCAAAGGCAGCAUUGGGAAAAUUUCUUUGCUACUGAUGUAUCCUUCGUUGCCGUUGAUCCAAGAUUCCAACAGUUGCGAUUCCAUUUUGGCACCAGCCCUGUCAUGUUUCUUUUCUGAUUGCAAAUGUGCCUGUUGCUCAUCAAGCUGUGUACAUAAUGUAUAUUAUCCAUCACAAUUUGUUUCACAAAAUUUAGGUAAGGUUUUGCAUGCCAUAUAUAAAUUUGUAAUAUAUUCAAAUGUUUUUCUCGUUAUGUAAUAUUUUUUAGAUUUGAUUGGCAUAUGUUUGGGUUAGAUCAGAAGUGACAUACACUAUGCGCUGAGAAAACUAGUUACUACUUCC